UUUGUUGACGACGUUUUGACGACAACUUCGUUAGAGACGAGCGCUUAGCGCGGUAAAAGUAAAUACUAGAUGUUUGUUUGAAAGUUUCUGAAAGACAAAUACCCAACAGUUUUACACUGUAACAAGAUAUAGAUAUUCUCUAACAGUCUUCAGUGAAUUUUCCUCAAGAAAAAUGCUAUGGCUUCCUCCUAUCGAAAGGCUGCAUUAUCUACAACAUCAAGAAAGAAAACUGGUCCUAAACCUGAGCUUACUGAUGAACAAAAGCAAGAGAUAAGAGAGGCAUUUGAUUUAUUUGAUGCUGAUGGCUCGGGAACUAUUGAUGCCAAAGAACUAAAAGUUGCCAUGAGAGCACUAGGUUUUGAACCAAAGAAAGAAGAAAUUAAGAAAAUGAUUUCUGAUGUUGAUAAAGAUGGUUCUGGAACAAUUGACUUUAAUGAAUUCUUACAAAUGAUGACUGCAAAAAUGAGUGAAAAAGACUCAAAAGAAGAAAUAUUAAAAGCUUUCAGAUUGUUUGACGAUGACGAAACAGGCAAAAUUUCGUUUAAGAAUUUAAAGCGAGUAGCAAAAGAGCUUGGGGAGAACUUGACCGACGAAGAACUGCAGGAAAUGAUUGACGAAGCUGACAGAGAUGGUGAUGGGGAAAUAAACGAAGCCGAAUUUCUACGUAUUAUGAAGAAAACUAGUUUGUAUUGAUUUUAUCUUAUUUUUCUUUUCGUUCUCUGUGAAUAGUUCUGUUAAUAACUUCACAUGUCGCGUUUAUUAUAAAACGAUGGUUUGUAGUAAAUUAAUUGCUUUUGAAUUAUAUAGCAAUGUAUUUCAGUAUAAAUCAUAA